ACUAUACAUUGUUUUUAUCUUUAGAUUGGGCAAAAUCCAACCAUUUCUCUCAAUCCUUGUAUUUAGAAUUUAGUUAUUUAUAGGCAGAGAUGGCGGGAAUUUACUGCUUCAGCACCAGCAUGGUUUCAGCAUCCUACUACUCUAGAAUCACUAACACCACUAGAUGCUGUUUAAACCCAUCAAAUAACCAUAAUAUAAAGAACCAAACACCACAGCUUCUUAAAUUUGCCGUCAAUGGCGUCACUGAAAUCCUUAGGUUUUUCUCUUCUUCCAAUAAUAACAGGGAAGUGGUGGUUUCCGAUGUGAAGGAAGAGUUAUUGAUUUCUGGGGUGGAUGAUGUUUUGGCUGUUCUUAAGUCUGAUUAUGAUAAGGCUUAUUUUGUUACAGGGAUUUUUACCUCUUCAAUUUAUGCUGAGGACUGUCUCUUUGAGGAUCCAACUAUUAAAUUUCGUGGUAGAGAUUUGUAUUCCCGCAACUUGCAAUUAUUGGUGCCAUUUUUUGAGCAGCCCUCUAUUGUGCUAAGAAGCAUUGCAAACGGUGUUAAUUCAGAGACAAAUUUUGUCUUAGCAACUUGGAGUCUAAGGACUUACUUAAAGCUUCCAUGGAAGCCUCUGAUUGCAAUUGAAGGAAGUACAACCUAUGAUUUGGAUGACGAUUAUAAAAUUGUUAGACAUGCGGAAAGGUGGAAUGUUUCUGCAGUUGAAGCAGUCGGACAGAUAUUCACUCCUGGUUUCACAAAACCUUGAAAUUGAACCGAAGAAUAUUUGGUGACAUUUAUGUCUUUGUAAAACAUAAAUUCGAAAAUUGUGAGCUUCCGUAUAUUAGAUAUAUAUGAGGUACAGCCUUAUCAUUCCUAGCUUUCGUGGUCAGAUAUCGGUUCGACUGCAAUUCUUUCCUCGAAUAAUCAGUUUUGGAACGCGGUUUGUAAUCUGUGCACGUCAUAUUUUGAGCAAAAACAAUGAUCUUACCAACCGAGUUAAGGUAAAUUGCAUUAAUCUGUACAAAAUUUGCUAUUUCAAAUUUAUUGGUAUAUGUUUACUUCCAUCCCUAGUUUUCAGAUUGUGGUGAAGACAAACCAAUUUUAGGCCUUAAUCUGGUUGCUUUGCAUUCACACAAUCUUAAACUGAUAGACAUUACAAAGUUUUAGCCACAAGUAAUUGUAUAACUUAUAGUAAGAAUAAAUUGUUAUCAUGAUUCUUGCACCCCCAUAUGUAUGAAAAUUCUUGAAUUACUGUUUGCUAAAUCUAUUUAUCGGUAAUAGUCUUACAUUAUUUUAGGAAAAUUCUGUUUAAUUAUUUUUUAGUGUUCAAGAAUUAAAGAGUUUGUGAAUUGUGAUAUGGUGGUGGUAGAUUCAAGCUGUCAUACUUUUCCUUAAAAAGAUUGAGAUGCUUUUGAGAGUUGAAGAAAGCUCUCAUACCGUUACCAAAGUGCUCUGCUCUCAUCACUUAGUACUCUCCACCAUCCCUUUUAAUUUGUCCUAUCUUUUUUUUUUUUUU